AUGCAGCUGGCAAUAUUUCAGUUGCUGCGACCAAUACUACAUUGCCUGAUGGUCAGUUCGCUGGCGGCCCCACUUCGUCUUCUGAAGAAAUUACCAGCUCAGCGCUUCUCUCGACGAAAACACUUUGAUAAGGCAUUAACCGUUCCGAUCUGUCGAACCAUUGAUGUAACUGAAACGGGCCAUGACGAUUGGCAACUCGGCUUAACGAGGAGGCGUUUCACCAAGCUAUUUCUGGAGCUGUUCAUAUGUUCGCUGUGUCCUUUUCCAGGCGCAGGUUACAUUAAAUGGCCGCUUCUGGAUGCCAGUAUUCAAAUGCACGGUUCCACAACAAUACCUUUGCCAGUGCUUCUCUGCUUGCCCAUGUUCCUACGUGUUUACCUUGCAUGUCGUCGCAUUCUUCUCCACAAAAGAUUUCGUCGGGUUCGUUCAUCAAAUGAGUGUGCUAUAUCGGCUUGA